CCGUGUCACAUCAUCAGCAAGAGCAAGAUGUUGAAACCUUGGAAGCAAUUGUUUGGGAAAAACUAGUCCCGAAUAUGUUGUGACACACGAAAUAUGUGCUUAGAUAUCUUACUGUAAACCUUGUAAAAAAUUAUUGUGUCAUAGUUUUAAAUAGUGACGGCUGUAUUAUCCCUACGUACGUCAAAACGCCGAGGGAAAAAUGGAUGAGCAGAAGUCCGGGGCAGCUGUUAAUGGUGCCAAGGGCUCUGCGGGUUCUCGGCAAAAUGAUCCAGAAGCAAAGGUUAACAAAACGCUACUUCUCAAGAUGCAGAUUGAAGAGAACAGGAUACGGAUGCAGCAAAGAGAAAAAGAAAUCUCCAACAGCAAGAGAAAUUUGGAGCAGCUUUUUACACAGCUUGAUCGUUCCUGUUCAGGAGUCUCCCUUAAUUUGUCAACGGAUGUUGAAGAUGUUCGGGACACCAAAAUUGCUUCAUUGGAGUCUUCAUUGUCUGCUCUCAAAAGUGAAAAGAGAGAGUUGGAUUUACGCUUACUUAGUCUGGAGACCAUUCAAGAGGCAAAGGAAAACCUUGAGCUGGAGAUGAAUGAAUUACGAGCAAGCCAUGAUCACCUUUCUAUUGAGAAUAACAUGCUUCAAGCUAGAGUACAAAAUGUUCAUGCAUUGGAAGAUGAAAAUGAUGAGUUGAAACUUACGUUGGAUCGUUUGGCAUAUGAAAACUCUAGUUUAAAAGAGGAUCUGGAAACCAGAGACGGAACCAUAAACUCGCUCGAAGCCAAACUUUCGAGGCUCAAUCAUGAUUUAGAAGAAAUCAAUUCACAGAUUACUUCAAUGGUCCCAUACACCUUAGUUGAGGAUCUCCAGCAGCAAAUAAAUCAACUCGCAAAUGAGAGAGACAUUUUGAAAUCUGAUUGUGAAGCUCUCCAAACGAAAUUGAACGAAGGAAUGGCGGCUGCAGUUGUUGCAAGUGCUCCUGAAGUUUCAGAUGUACCCGAAGUUAAAGUUUCCAGUUUGGGGGCAAAGAAAAAACCUCGAGGAAGACGUAGCAAAGGGGAUAAUCAGCCUGCCGCUGAUGAAUCUAAAAGUGAGGAUACUUCCUUGGCCGUUCUGGAAUCGCAAAUCACGUUGUUAACUGCACAGCGGGACACUCUGGAAGGGGAGAAUGUCACGUUGAAAACAAGCAUUCUAAAUUUGGAGAAUAAACUGGACGAAGCUGACACAGAGAGGCGCACACUUCAACAACGUGUCGAACUUCUUAUGGCAGAACUGAGUGCUGAAACCAGUGGUUACAACAAUAAUGAUGUCGCCAACUUGCAAAUGCUUCUCCAAGAAAAAGAGGUCGAAUACGCCACGUUGUCCACUAAAGUCCAAUCCCUUCAGGCCGAAGCUGAAUCUCUCGAGUCAGAAAAGAGAGAAAUGGCUGAGAGAUUAGAAAAGGCCGACGGAGAAUUGUUCCAGCUUCGAACCAAGUACCGCGAUGCCGAGUACACAGUCAACGCCAAGGAAGAAACCAUUCGAGAGCUGCAGGCUCGUUUAGCCUCGCAGCCGGUUGAAACUCCUAUUGUUCAAGAAGCUGACGUUCCAGCACCUGUCAAGGUAUCUUCUCUAGGGGCAGCUAAAAAAUCACGAAGAAGUAAAGGCGGACGUGCCGCUAACGAACCCAAAAUCCCAUCGACUGAAGUAACCCCCAACGCCUCUGAAUCUGAAAUCGCAACGUUGAAUGCGAAAAUCAGUUCUUUGGAGGAAGAAAUUGCUUCACUCAACGAACAGACAGCUCGCCUUGCAAUUCUGGAAAACGAGAUAACCAUUCUCCAAGAGCAGCUCGCUGUUAGCGAACAAGAGAAACGAACCUUGCAAAAAAGGGUUGAUCUGUUACUGUCAGAACUUGACACGAACGAAAGUAAAGGUGAACUGGAGAAUUUUCAGGAAGUUCUCCAGUUGAAAGAAGACGAGUGUGGCCAACUAUCGGCUAAAAUCGCAGACAUACAGGCCGAAAAGAAUGAGAUCAAUCAACGACUAGAAGAGGCUGAUAGUGAACUAUUCAAACUUCGAGCACAGCAUCGAGACACUCAGUACAUUCUGAACAAUAAGGAUGAAAGCAUUAGUGAAUUGGAGCGCCAAGUAGAAUCCAGACGGGGUGAAGUGGAUCAUCUGAAAGAAGUGAUAGCAGGCUUGGAACGCAAACUUGAAUUGAAGGAGUCAGUCGAAGAAGAAGAAGAGAAAUCUAUUUCAAACACGGUCAUUCAUCUCCAAGAAGCGUUGCGACAAACCCGCGAAGAGCUGUCCAGCUUCGAAACGGAACUAACAAACAGAUCCGAGGCUGUCCAAAAGCUGGAAAAGUCUUGCUCUUCAUUGACCAAAGAGGCCACAGAAAGAAACGCAGAAAUUCAACGUCUAAAAGAAGAUUUACAAGAUGCUGAAAUACUUUUGGCAGAGAAAGAUGCCAAACUCAAAACGGUACAGGAUGAACUGAACCGAAUGAAGAUCACGGCGGAUGAGCACAGUUCUUUAGCCAUGCUCGAAACAGAACUGAAUGAUUCGCAAGUUGAAAAAGAGCUCAUGCGAAAUGACCUGGAAACUCGCUGCACUCAAUUGAACGAAUGCAAGCAGUACAGUGUCAAAAUUGAGGCUCAACUCGAAGAGGCCCGAGCCAGAGAAGCGGAAUUGCUGGGCCAGAUCGAAGCUGCCAAUACCCAAAAAACAACUGCCGAAGAGAAAGUCACUCAAUUGAGCGAAAAAUUCAAGAAACUGGCGGCUAACUAUAAACAGAAAUUACAAGUGAUCCAGCAAUUGGAAGCUAAACUGGAGAAAUUGAAAAAGGCUGCUGAGGGUGAUGGGGGUGAACCGCAAUUGCUUCAAGUACGCCUCGUGGAGACUGAGAGUGAGAUGGUCGUGUUGAAAGAGCAAUUGAGUAAACUGAAAGACACUGCCGAACAGCUGACACAAGCUCGUCAGACGUUAAGCCAAACGGAGGAACAACUUCAAAAUGCACAGGAAGAGGCUCAGCAAGUCGGAGAAGAGAACAAGAAGCUUCUUGAUCAGCUGGAUGAAUACAAGGAUUUGAAUAAUCAAUUAGAAGAAGCUCGAUUGGCUCUGAGUCAGAGGGAAGAGCGUUUACAUUCCUUCCAAGAAGAAGUCAAUCAAUUGACGGAGGAAAACAAUAACCUUCAGGUGCAGAUCAGUUCCAUGAGCAACGAAUUGCACAUAAGCAAAUCGGAAGCGAUGGAAGAGAACCAAAAACUCUUGGAUCAAAUGAAUGAAUUGAAAGCUGCCACUGGACAGUCCAGUCAGUACCAAGAAGCCUUGCAACGCUCUGAAAAUGAGUUAGAAGCUUUGCGUGGACAUCUGCAACAGUCCCGAGCAGAGAAUGAGAAGCUUGUAGAUCGGCUUGGAGAAAUAACACAAGUUAAUAAUCAUUUGGAGGAGAUGAAGCUUGCAUUAGAUCGUGCACAUAAUGAUUUAUCAGCUUGCCAAAUUGAAUUGCAGAACGCUCGAGAAGAGUCCCAGCAAAUGAGCGAUGAAAGCCGGAAAAUGAUGGAACAACUAGAACGAGCAUCUGAAAGAAUUUUCCAACUGGAACAGUUGUCCAACGAAUCCGAAUUUAGAGCACGUGAAACUGAUACUCGACUUCAACAUUUAACGGAGGAACAUUCCAAUAUCAUUGGCCAAUUGCAACGCGAAUUAGCCUCCGCUCGCGAACAGUUGCAAUCUAUCUCUUCCAGUUACGGAGAUCAAGGAUUAAUUCAAAAAAGUUUAGAAAAUCGCAUUGAACUAGCCGAAAACGAAGCCUCUGAUUUGCGUUUGAAACUUAACGAAGUUUCAAGUGCCAAAGAUAAUUUGCUGGAGGAAUCUGAAGGAUUACGUCGUCGUAUCGAAGAGUUGCAAGGUGAAGUGAACUCUGCCGUAGAGUCUUCUGCCACGCUGCACAAUCAGCUGGCCCAUCUGUGGGAAGAGAAGCAAAGCGUCAUCAAUCAUAACGCUCACUUGGUAGAUGAGUUGAAUAAACUCAAGUGUCAUCAGGACGAACAGUCCAGCACGCAAUCCGCUUCCCUGGAGAAAGAAAUCCAAGAACUGCGUGAUCAGUUAGCUGCGGCGCAAUGGGACCUCGAUACCAAGACCAACGAACUCUCAUCCGCCCAGCAGGUGCGAGAGCAAUUAUCAGCUGUGCAGUGGGAAUUGGACGCGAAAGUGAGUGAACUGUCCGCCAUUCAGCAACAACGAGAGGCCGACAUUGAGCGAAUUGCCCAGCUGGAAAAGCAAUGUUCUGAUACUAGUGCUUGGAUUGAAACUAAUGUCGAGGAUGUGUCUGCUCUCAAAUCGCGUAUUCAGGAUCUAGAGAACCAAUUGGCUGAUUUGAAUAAUCAGUAUGGAGGUCUUUACUCAACUUACGGAUCGAAAUUAUUCGAGAUGACGGCCUUAGAAAAUCAAUUGGCUGAUGCCAAUUUGAAAGUUGCUGAUUUAUCUGAACAAUUGGCUCGUCACCAAUCAUCCAUGGAUGAGCUAACAGCCAAGAACAGCGCCAUGGAACAAGAUGCUGGUGCGACCCAUGUCCUCCGUGAACAGCUGACAGAGUUGGAAAAGACCAACGCCAACCUUCUGGAUGAACUUUCUCAUUUGAAAGAACGUGCCAGUGAAAUGGACAACAUUCAGAGCCUCAUGGAGGGACUUACGCAAGAGAGAGAUGAACUCCGAAGAGCAAACGAUUCACUUCAACUGACGAUUGAACAGCAAACGGAAGGUCUCAAUCAGAAAGAAGUUGAAAUGGCUGAAGUUCGAAAACAGAUGGAAGAUUUCCAAUCGAUUUUUGAAGGAUUUAGCGGAGAGCGGAAUCGUUUAAAUGACGAACUCCGUUUGAAAGAAUCUGAAUUAGAGGAAUCGAAGCAACGAUUGGUUGGCUUAGAAGAUCGUAUCAAUGAAUUACAAAAGAAUACGUCUGAUGUGCAAGAGAUCGGCAUGCUGCGCAUGAAUUUAGCCGAUUUGUCCGCGGAACGAGACGACCUCAGUUAUCAAGUCGAAGAUGUCCAGGCUCAGUGUUCCGAUUUGGAAACCAAACUCGGCGAAGCUGAAGAGGUCCGUUCGAUUUUGGAAACGACAGUCUCUUAUUUAGAGACGAAAGUGAGCGAACUGCAGGCCGAAGUGGCCGCUGCCAACGCGGCCAGAGAAGAAGACCAAAGCUCUAACGCAUCCCAGCUGACUGCGUUGACUGAAGAGAGGGACGCAUUGGCAGCACGUCUGUCUAGCGUCCAAUCAGAAAAUCAGGAACUGACCUCUCUUCGUUUGACAUUGGACGAAGCUGAGCGAAUGUUGAAAGAAUCGGACUCGUCUUUGACUAGUGCCCGUCAAUCCCACGCUGAUGCUUUGGCCCGUGUAGAAGAAAUGGAGAAACAAUUGGUCGAUUCGCUUCGAUGUCUUUCAGAGGAACAGCAAAAACAUCGAGUCGUUCGAGAUGAACUGGAAGAAUUGGUAGAACAAACAGCACAAGCAACUCAGGUGCGAUCAGACUUGCAGGAACAGGUCACUCAACUUCAAAGCGAAUUGAUCCGAGUGGAGGCUGUUGCUGCCAUGUGUAAUCAAUACAAGGCUGAAGCGGAAGAAUUUGCCCGACUCCGGAAUCAAAUCGAUGAAUGGAAACACCAAGCAGAAGAGGUUUCACAACUGCGUCUUAAAUUAUUCGAAGCUAUUUCGGAAAAAGAUGAUUUGGAGGCAAGUGUUCAAGCUCUGGAAGAAGAAUUAGCAACUGUCCAAAACGAUCUUGCGUCUGUGCGGAUGCAACUGGAAGCUAAAAAUGAUUCAUCAACAGAGUUAUCGACUGUGCAAUAUGAACUGGCGAUGGUACAAGGCGAACUCGCCAAUGCUCGGAGUGAAUUGGACAGAGUCAACCGAAUGUCAUCUGAGAACUCACUGGCCGCUCAAGUCCAGCUGGAUGCAGCGAGGAAUGAACUUGAGGCAAGCCGUCAAUCCUUAGCUGAGCUUACUAUUGUGAAGAAGGAACUGGAAGCAAAUCUUAGCUCGGCAUCAGCAGAGCUGGAAUCUCUCCGUGGCGAGCUGGAGUCUGGUCGAGUGUCUACGUUCGAAUUAAAUGCUCGAUGUGCCGACCUCGACAUGGAACGCAAUUUGUUGAUGGAAAAGUGUAUGGAAUUGAAGGACUCCCAACACGCACUCGAAUCGAAAUGCGCUGAUUUGGAACAACUCCGAACGGACGCAAUCGCUGAAAAUGAACGUCUUCAAUCGGAACUUUCCAAAUCGGCAGGCAGUUCCAGUCAACUGACUGAAUCCAGCCUAUCAGAGCUUGCCCAGUUGAGGGUAGCCAUGAUGGACUUGACGUACGAACGAGAAGAAUUUGAAGAAAAAUUGGCCGAAGCCGAGGAGAAAUUGGUCGAACUGACAUCGCUGCGGAUCACUAAUUCCGAGUUGAGCAUGGAACUCGAAGAAGCUCAAGCUCGAAUUCAAGUCAUUGAAGAAGAACGGUACGCGGAGGUGAGCGAAGUCAAGAGGCAAUUGGCCGAAACGGUGAUGAAGAUAAGCCAACAGGAGGAACGAAUUGAUCGAGUUUCUAUCGAACGAGAUCAAUUACAACAAACGGUCAGCCGGCUGGGCGAAUCCACUGUGAGAUGCGAAAAAGCGGAAAUGGAAACACAAGAGAAAACAGAAGGGAACGAUGAAUCGGACCUGUUGAAAAAGAUCGCUGGGUUAGAAAGUGAAUUGCACGAAGCCAAAAUCAAAGCGGCUAAAUCUCUGCGACAAGUCAAGUUGUUACGUACCGAACUGGCCAAAGAGAAAGAUGCUGCUGCAGCAGCGGCAUCUGCCCGGCAAGGUGGUGGGGAUGAUUAUUUCAACUUUGCUGUAGAAGAGGAACUCCGAAAACAGUUGAGCGAAGCUGAGAAAGCAACAAACGAAAAGGUUAAGGAAAUCGAGCGGCUGUUGAUGAGAAUCGAUACGCUUGAAGGUGCCAAUGAGCGUUUCAUGCAGGCCAAAGAGCGUCAAGACAAUGAAAUGGCAAUGGUUCAGCAACGCAAUCGCGAACUCAUGUCGCAGAUGGCGUCGAUGGAAUGGGACAAUCCGGAAGCAUCUGCUAAAGAACGGGCUCCUGAAGAAGUUAACCUUGUAACUAAAGAGACUGUUGAAACUACCUCGGAGCAGAUAGCCGCACUGGAAUCGACCAUCAGUCAACUGACGGAUGAUAACGAAAACUAUCAAGAUAUGCUGGACGAGCUAAAGGCGGAACGGCAGGCUGUCGAGGCCGAAUUGAAAGAACAGAUAGCCGCGCUAGAAGCUGACAUUAGCGAAAAAUCUAAACUUUUGGACGAAAUCAGUCAGGAAGUGGAGAACAAGGAUCGGCUCUUGUCAGAUGCUUACGAGAGUGUCAGUCAGUUGCGCAAACAAGUGAUGCAACUGUCUGAGACUGGAGGUGGAGAUUCUGCCGGAGUGUUGGAAGAAUUGAGACGAGAAAAUGAGAAUCUCGUCGAUAUGAUCCGGCAAUUGUCAACUACUGGAACGCUAGACGCCGCCACUGUUCAACGUCUCAAGGACGAGAUAGAACAAGUGGCGAUAGAAGAUGGCGAUCGAUUCCAGCAGUCCAGCGAUCUCAGCGAUGGCGCCAUUGACUGGCACAGGGGAUUCAAUGAGCUCCAAAUCGAAGUUGAAUACCUCCGUUCGCAGAACGUCUCCCUUCUUAAUCGGCUACAAGAAGCCGGCCUGGUGUGGGACGAAGGUGCAGAUACCUCGGGUGAAGAUAGCGACCGCCUCGAGAUGCUGCGUUUACAACUGGACAACGCGAUCCGUAACGUCCACGACCGCGACAUGCGUUGCCAGGAACUCACUUGGGAAAUAACCAAGUUACUGGAAGAGCGUGACACGCUACAGUUGCGACUGUCCAAUUCUUUACGGCAAAAUCACGAGAUGCAACAAGAAUUAAAAGAUUUUUCAGCGACUGCCAGUGGCGCCAGCCCCAUCGGCGAUAUUACGGCUAAAUUACGGGAAUUGAAACAGCUCAAUUAUUCUCUGGACGUCCAGUUGCGUCGGGAACAGGAGGAACGACAGACGAUCGAGCGUCAGUUGAUGGCGUUGUAUGGCACCCGAGGUGGAAGCACCAGUCCAAUUUAUGCAAACGGUGCUCGAAGAGCGACGGUUCGCCAAACGACUCAGAAUGACGAUGAUGGAUCCGAGUUCGACUUAAAUAAUUCCCAUGAAAUCUCCGGCACUGGUCAGGUGUUGUCUGAAUGGCUUAAAGGAAAAGAAUCGACUGAUGUUCAACAUGUUUGAUUCAUUCCUUGCACGUCCGAAUUAUUGACCAGAAUGACAAAUCGACCGUCAGCGUUGAAUUAGCGAUGGGCGUCGGAGGCUUCGAAAUUGUACACAGCAUAGAUUUAAUUAUUUUGUGGUCUGGAUCGCUAUAUGCUAUAAAAGAUGCCUUAUAUUAUAUGAAAGGGACAUGGGUUGUGCAUUUUAAUAUUUCAUUUAGUGAAUAAUGUCAGAUUUUUCUUUUUGUUCUCUUCUAUCUUUUUCGAUUUGUCAUCAUCCAUCGCUGCACGGCCCUAUUACGAAACGAAAAAUAAAGGAAAUAACUGAU